AUGAAUGAUAUGAUGAUAAGAGGAAGCGUAGAUGCGUCACGAACGGGUGCUACCAAUGCACCUGCAAUUCAAACAAAGACAAAAUCACUGUUAAAGCAUUCGCCACAGACAAAGCUAUCAACGAAUCUUUCUUCGCAAGAAGAUAGAAGAAAAAAGGAGCAAAGUGAAAAAGAUGUCAAUAUCGCCGAGCUAAAUAAGAAUGAUCGGGUCAAUAAAUGGUUAAUUUUGGAACUUAUCGGUAAAGGUGCAUUUGGAUGUGUUUACAAAGUUGGAUAUCAUGGUGAACGGUAUGCGCUUAAAUUCGAUCUCGGAUGUUGUGCUGAAAAGCCAUUAUUAAUCGAAAAGAAUGUGUUGGAAUUAGCAAGAAAAGCAAAAAGUAAACAUAUUUGCCGACUUAUCGAUUAUGGAAAUUAUUUCGGCUUUGAGUACAUUGUAAUGACACUUGUUGGCAAAUCGUUGCGAGAUAUUCUAAUAGAGCGAAAAAGGAAAAAGCUGUCUGCCGGAUGUGUCAUUUCAGUUGGCCUACAAUGUGUCGAAGCAAUCGAAGAACUUCAUCGAGUGGGUUUCAUUCAUCGUGAUAUAAAGCCAUCAAAUUUUGCUACUGGUCGAAAUGAUCUCUCACAUGGUGUUCGGAAAAUUUUCCUCAUUGAUUUUGGUUUGAGUUAUCAUUACAUCGAUUCAAACGAUCAAAUAAAACAAAUGAAACGUAGUAUCGGUUUCAAAGGGACAUUACGUUAUGCAGCGCUGGGAUGUCAUCGGCGCAGUCCACCAGGUCGUCGUGAUGAUCUCGAAUCUUGGAUGUAUCAACAGAUCGAGUUUACAAAAGGAUAUUUACCGUGGAAGAAUCUGGAAGAUGAACUAGCUGUUAUGAAUGUUAAAGAGGCAGUUCGAACAAACGAUGGUAUGCAAAAGUUGCUAAAAUCUUGUCCAAAAAAGUAUAUGGAAAUAAUGAAAUAUAUAUGCAAAUUAAAACACACAGCGAGACCAGAUUAUGAUCUUAUUUAUAAGUUACUUCGAAAAAUUUUAUUUGAAGCACGGCUGCAAGAAUAUCCGUAUGAUUGGGAAUAUGAAUCAUUGAGAUAUUUCCGUAAAAAAUGA